UCAACCACACACCGCCACGAGUCUGCGCCAUCCACAUUUCCUUAUAACUGAGCUAGGAGACCAACGCCUAGUCGAAUAAUACUUCUUUCACCACCAAAACCAUUUACGUAAACAUAAUACCCAACCAAACGCCAUAAUAGUGGAUGGCAACAAUGGAUAUGAAACCCCGUACAGCGAUAAGAUGGUCAGUCUGCUUGUGGCCGUCAAGUGAGGAAGGUCGGCGGCCCCCUACCCUCACUUUCUCUUUUCACAACACGAACCGAACCUUAGGAGUAAGUGACACAUACGAAAACUGAACGACCGGGACACGAAAACAUGGAAUUCGACGAGUACGAGAGCCUGCCGACCUCAGACGUGGGGGUACACAUGACCGCCGGAGCAGUGGCAGGAAUCAUGGAGCAUUGCGUAAUGUAUCCCAUUGAUUCCGUGAAGACUCGAAUGCAGAGUUUGGCACCAUCCCCUGAGGCCUCGUACCGGACCAUCCGAGAGGGUCUGGUGAAGAUGGUGAGCGCUGAGGGUAUCAUGCGGCCGCUUGGGGGCGUGAGUGCCGUCAUUAUUGGGGCAGGACCUGCACAUGCUUUUUACUUCUCUGCUUACGAAGUGAUCAAGUCAACAUUUAGCUCAAAGAAUUCAUUUCAGAACCAUAUAGUUAACGCUGGUGCUGGCUGUGGAGCGACCAUCCUACACGACGCUGUCAUGGUUCCUGCUGAUGUUGUUAAACAACGGAUGCAGAUGUACAACAGUCCCUAUUCUUCCUGCUUUGACUGCAUACGGAAGCUGUACAAAGCAGAGGGCAUCAAGGUGUUCUACCGGUCCUUCACCACACAGAUGGCCAUGAACCUCCCUUUCCAUGCCAUCCACAUAGCAACUUACGAAAAGUUCCAGAACAUCCUAAACAAGAAGAGAGAGUACAACCCCAAGGCACACAUAGUUGCCGGAGCGGCAGCAGGGGCCGUGGCCUCUGCCUUCACAACGCCCUUGGACAUGUGCAAGACCGUUCUCAACACCCAGGAGUCCUCUGCUCUCCUCCAGCUGCAGCAGUCUCGAGUGGUGGGAAUAACAGGUGCUCUUAGGACCAUAUACCUGAUGAAUGGCAUCCCAGGCUUCUUCAAAGGCAUACAUGCACGCGUUCUUUAUCAAAUGCCCGGCACUGCAAUCUCCUGGAGCAUUUACGAGUUGUUCAAGCACCAUUUGUCAAAGGCCAACAAAAGUGACAGUCCACCACCACACUGGGACAGUGAUCUGAGGAAAGACAGUGUUGUUAGGGAAACCAGAAGUGACGUUGACUCCUCCAGUACAAACACGAGCGACGGGAAGGAGAAGCGCAUCAUUCUCGGCUCCACCACAAACAAAACUGUUGAAAGGUUACGGAGUCUCCACAUGCCGGGCCUGACAGCAAGUUGUGCCGCUGCAGACGACAACUUCCUCAGCAAAUAGCAAUAAGUGGUGUGUAGAAAACUAAAGACACUUGUUUUAAUCUUUUGUUGAAUGUCCAGAUUGUGCCUUCAGUUGAAUAUCAUUUGAGGAGGGAGUUGUGUGACUUCUUGACUACCUACUUGGUGAUGAUGUUCUGCCCGCUGCAGUCAAAGCUUUUAUCUACACAUUUUUCAGGAGACAAGAAUGGUGGGUGAAUUUAUGCUAAUGCCAUUGUUACAUUACCAGGAAAAAUAUGAGAAUACUCAUCUCUCUCACUUCAUAAUCAGUAUUAAUGAUUCUUAUCAUUGUUAUCAUCACCUUCUCCAUCAUCAUUGUCAUAUCCUCUCUUAUUCUAUGCAUUUAAGUUCCUGUUGACAGCUUCAAUUUCCUAUGUAUUUAGGCAGCAAUGAGGUACAUGAGUGUGGGCUAACUUUGUAGGUCUUGCUCAGUUACUCCCAUGCAAAGUGCAAGUAUAUCUAGUGUGUGGCCCACAGCUUUCCACUUCUCCCUCCCAUGUCAUGGUGCUGAGAGCAAGCAGCCUUGGGGUGGGUUUCCUGUUGAGUCAUUGCUAAUGGAGUGACCCAGCACUGCAUUGGCUAACAGCAACUUUACACUUACCAGAGCUAGGACUCCCCAUGCUUUUAAAAAUGUUCGGUAUAAAUGAACAGCAAAUUAAUAUUCAACUUCUUUUCUACUUUUCCAUUUUCUGUAUUGCAAUUCCUUUCAUUUAACAUCAUAUCAGCCUGUUUGUAUAGUGGUGGUGUACAUAGCCUGCAGCAUCAUUAUAAUCCCCGGUCACUUGCUUCAAAGUUUUCAUUAAUAUUAUUACUUAAUGUGUUGAGUAGAAUGCCUUGAGUCCAUCCAACAGUCUUCCAAUACACCAUAUUUUUUUGUGUAUCAUUCAAGGCACUUAUAUCUGCUUUAAUUGUCUUUAAACAUUAUAUCUUAGUAGCAGACAAUCUUGCAUUCCACACAACCACAUGCACCUGUCCAGUGUUGGUAACUGCUGGACAGACAUGUGGGCUGCUUUAAAAACUACAAUGUCACCUUUGAGUAGUAGUAGGAUAUUGUCACUGUCAUUUCUCUUGUUAUUAUUGCUGUGGUAGUCAUUGCAUCACAGUGAGGGUUUUCCAUUUCCCUUCCCUUGGCAGUGUUAGUGAUUCUCAUGCUCCACACGUGCUGGAAGUUGUCACCGGCAUCGGGCUUGUCCGAUUUCAAGUUCUCAUAAAUGAGUAAGGAAGAUGGAUUGACUAAAGAUGUGCUUGACAGCCAGGCGCCAGCACACCUCACCUGAUCUAGCUGUAGGCUCAUUCUCUGCCUUGUUGUUAGUCCCUCAAGAGAUGUGUAUCCCCAUAAUGCUUCCUGUUGUAGCAUCCCUGCCAUUCUGUGGGUGGUAGCAGCCUGAGGAUAACCUGUUUGCACCCUUCUUGCUGUGGGUCAGGUUGUAACUACCUGGACACUAGGGAGUUUUAGUGGAUUGAAUUUAUUUUGCAUCUUAUUUCAACCUAUGCUCAAAAUUGUACUUGUUUGAUUUUUUAAAUUGUUUAAAAGUAAGUGUAUGAGGGUAACAAAAUUUUAGAUAUAUAGAAAUAUCAGCAUAGAAAUAUAUUUUCAGUAAAGUAAUAUUUAAGCCUAAUACUCAGAAAUCAACAUUUGCAGCUAAGUAAUGUGUAGAUAUAAGGAAUUUGACUGUGCAGUUGUAGAAUAUGAUUUAAUAUGCAGGAGUAUGUGAAGAAGAUUACUCUCUUGGAUGCAUUCUAGUCAAUGUCUCAACAAAGGGAACCUCACAUCAUCGACGCUUUGAAAGCAAGCACUGCUUACUGAAGGAUUGACUAGGCCAUGAUUCAAGACGGUAGAUCCAGUAAUGUACCAGUGAAUGUGUUACUUUCCUGUCAGAAUUAUGUGAUUCCAGCAGUCUGCUUGAGCAGAAUGAAAGUUUGUCCUGGAACAGUGAGAUCACGUGUGCAUGUGUGGGAGCAACCAAAUGGAUGGAAACAUACAAGUUUUAACAGAUUGUGAUCCUGUCUACCUAAUAAAAACAGAGAUUCAUAGUUUCCAUGAUGUACAUGUUUUUAUGUACAUAUUUUUAUAAGUGCUGGUUGUGGGGGCAACAGCCUUAGUGAGUUUCCAGGAGGUGCUGUAAUUGUGAUAAUUGCAAGUGAGACCUGUUGUUAUUGCAAGAAUUUGUGACGGUCUCCAGCAUUUUCACCGCUUUGUAGUCUGCUGGAGAGCCUGUUGCCUCACCAGUUGUGAUACGUUGACUUGCUUGAUGUCAGUUAACAUGUCAACACUUGUUUUUAGAUGUUUAUGUCAAGUAAUACUAAGAAAUGAUUAAACCUCUUAUGGUAUGGUGAUCCAAGGCUCAUGUUGAACAAUUCUUGCCAUAUUUAUCCUGCACCUAUAAUUGCUGGGGUUGGGUUUAGCACAGCAUUACUAUUUUUAUGUAUUUUAUUGCUUCAGCAUUCAGCAUGGUAGCGGUAGCACUAUUGAGAACAAAAAUAUCCAAAGUAAUGUCACAGAAGGAUUAAGUUGCACUGUCCAUUAAUGUGUCUUACAAUGAAGGCCUCAUGCAUUUUAGCAACAUUUACUCCUGAUUCUUGCCAGUAAAUCUUAUUUGGUUCGUUUAAUCUUGCCAGUGUGUUAAAUUAUGGUCAGUUACAGCUACGAGUUGAGGGCUUCAACUUUGUCUUGGAUGGAAUACAAGGAUAUAUAUAUAUACUAUAUAUAAUACAAGAAUAUACAUAUUAAGUAACUGCUAUCGUUGUGUAACGAAAUGCUUCUCAUUUUACUUUAUCGGAAUCACUUGUAUUAAUGUAUGACAAUAGUAAGAGUCUUUAAAACAUUUAGCAAGUCCUCAUUGAUUUGUUACAAUUGUAUUCACUACAAGCUGUACAGGUGCUGCUCACUGGCCAACACCAGUGAGUGUCUCCUUAACUUUGAGAAUUCAAAGUGAUAAGUUCCGCAUUUCCUGAUGGACAGUAACAUCAUGCACAAUCUGUGUCUAGAAAAAACAUGUUUCUGAAGGGUUAUUGUAAUCUGUAAUCAUACCUCCAGUGUUGGGGGUUAGACAUAAUCUUUUGCGUUCCCCUUCCUUUCUUAGCAGUACAGUGAAGGUGGUAGUAAUCCAUCUGCAAUUCUGUAAAAUGUUUAUCCAAGAUGCAGUUUUAUGAAGUUGGCAAGUAGUAUAUGCCUUCUCCACAUGAUUACUCUUAAGAGUGGCCUGAAAGAUCAAGCCAAACAUAGGCAGCAAGAGAACACAGUGAUUUCAUAGUGUAAAGCAUUCCUUUUUCUUGCACCAAAGGUCAAUUUCACAUUCACAUUCAAUUAAGAAUUUUUGUCUGCCACUAAAUACCUAUUGCUUUCAGAUUUAGUCCAUUUGAUUUUUUGCAGUCUUGUUUCCCUUGCUGUCUACUGCCUGUAUGUGAAGGCAUUUUAUAUGAAUUGCAGUGUAACUAUUUUAAUAGGGAACACUUGGGUUAUGAAAACAACUGACUGGCCUGCCAGGAACUGUUAUCAUCUGUCAGUGCCUGAAUACCAUCACAGGCAGGCCAGCAGCAGUAUGGUGUGUCUGUAUACUGCCCUCAGCCUUGCCCUAAAGCUCAAUGGUUUUUGAAAGGUGUAAACCCCCCAUGGGUGAAGUAGGAAGAUCAUCACUCAGCAAGAUGGAUUCCAAGUCUGACAAUUCUUAGGCUUGCUUGUGGUGUAAUUAAGACCAAUCAUUGUUAGUAAGUUGAAUUUAAGGCUUGCAUGAUUUGGGGUCCUUAACUGCUGUAUUGAUGAGAGGGAAUGAUUGCAAUCAGUCAUCGUUGCAUAAGUGUAUCAGGUAAUCAAUUGGUCGUUGCAUUAUUGACGUAACGUGCAGGCUGCUGGACAGUAUACAGACAGGAUUCUUCAAUACCCUUGGAGAAGCUUCAAGCCCAGGGAGGUUUAAUCUUUUCCAGUAUUGUUGUUAAUCUCAGAUGUACAUAAAGAUUAUUUAAAUGAAAUAUAUUUACAUUUUCUAGUAA